AUGAAAUUUGCGACCUGGAACGUUAGGAACCAGUACAGGCUGGCGGCACUACAGGAAACAAUGGACGAGCUGAUAAGAUAUGGGGUGGAUUUGUGUGCACUACAGAAAUUGGCGAAGAAGAUAAGAUGGCUCAGCGAAGGGAUGAAGCCACAUAAUAUAGCAGUUAUCUCGGUUCACGCCCUAACGGAGGAAAAAGAUGAGGAAGAAAAAGCGGACUUCAGAACAGCUUAUGAUAGCAUCAUCAGAAAGGAAAUGUGGAAGGCAAUGGAGGAAGUACCAGAGGAGUUGAUAAGGGUAUGCAAAAUGGUCAUAGCAGGUUCAAAAGAAAGGGUUAAAGUCGGCAGGACUUCGGAGACUCUAACAAUGGACAGGGGAGUCAGACAGGGCGACAGACUGGCCCCAAUCCUAUUUAAUCUGAUAUUAGAAGCAAUAAUGAGAAGAGCGAACAUCAGAAGAAAUGUCACACUGCUACAUCAUAGCUAUCAGAUCCUGGGCCUCACCCCUUUGCUAAAAGCCAAAGAAUUAUCAAGAGCGACUAAAGUAAUAAUCUACAAAACCCUCAUAAGACCCAUAAUAACAUAUGGAUCGGAAUGCUGGACGUUGAAACAGAUGGAUAUCAUAAAGUUGGGUGUCUUUAAAAGAAAAAUGCUGAGAAGAAUAUUUGUCGCCAACAAAAUAGGCGAAAACGAAUAUAGGAAAAAACGAAACAGCAAACUGUAUGAGCUUUUUGACGACACUGAUGUGGUAGCACACAUCAGAAGCGAUAGGCUAAGAUGGCUGGGACAUAUAUACAGAAUGGAGGAUCAAAAAAAUCCAUGCAAGAUACUGUUCGGUGAUAUACACCGCGGAAGACCCAAUGGCAGAUCCAGAAAUCGAUGGUGGGACGAAGUCAGGGAUGACUUAAAACUAUUAAGACUGAGAGACUGA